AAUUCGACAAUUAAACACUUAUCCUGGUGGCACCGUCCAUGUGCACACAGAGAUUCCCUUUUAGUUUACCGAGUUUACGGAGAUUUGGAUUCUCUCUCUCUCUGUCUCUCAAACUCAGAAAUCAGAGAGCGAUGGAGAAGGAGCUUCCUACUCACCCUCACCCUUUGAUACCAUGCUACAUGUCAAGUUCCCGCCGCUGCGGUAUGUGCUUUCGUCUAUCAGAUACCUCCGGUGGAUUCGAUGGUUUCUACUGCGUAACUUGCAUCAAUGGUGUUUUCCACAAGGAGUGUGCUGAAUCUCCAUUGGAGCUCCAUCACCACCCUUAUCACCCUCCUCACUCCCUCUCCCUCCUCCCCCAUGGCCAUCAUCUUCUUCAAGGCUCGGAGUUAUGCAGUUGUUGCGCUGAAGAACUCGGAGGCGAAUGGGCAUAUCGCUGCCAGAUCUGUGAUUUCUUCAUCCAUCUGCGUUGUGCCAACAGGCCACCGGCUCUUGAGGUGGCUCAACCCAGGAGCCACGACCAUAAGCUAUUCCUCCUCCCUAAACCACGUCCCUUCACCUGCGAUGCUUGUGGUUUGAUGCUCGAUGGCUCCUUUCUUCCAUGGACUUGUCUCGAAUGCGGGGCUAUGAUCCAUAGAGAGUGUAUCGACUUACCACGCGUCAUCAGGAUCUCUCGUCACCCGCAACAUCGUCUCUGUUACGUUUCCUCUCCUCCCCCUUCGCCAGCUCGUGAACCAUCAUGGUCUUGCGGAGUUUGUCGCAAAGUCGUUGACAACCGUUACGGUGCGUAUUCUUGCAUCAAAGAUGACUGUCAUUACGUCGUCCAUCCCAAAUGCGGAACAAGAAGAGACGUGUGGGAUGGGGUAGACCUCGAGGGAUUCCCUGAAGAACCCGAAGAUAUCGAGCCGCCAUUCCAGGUUAUAGAUGACAAAGUGAUACGCCAUUUCAGUCACGAUCAUCAUCUCAAACUGAACGAGGAUGAUGGUGCAGAUUUUGAUGGAAGCAAACACUGCGGAAUAUGCGCCCUUUCUAUCCGUAUUCAUUUGGGUAAUAUCUACAGUUGCAUGAAGCGCGACUGCGAUGUCGCUCUCCACGAAAAAUGUGCCAAUCUACCGAGAAAGAUAUGGUGCAUGUUGCAUCCCCACCGUCUCGAAUUGCAGAUAAUAGAUAUGGCAGGAUGUGACGUCUGUAUCCGGCUAUGUUGCGGCUAUAUAUAUUCAUGUAGCAAAGAGGGUUGCGGAUUCAAAGUAGACGUGAACUGCGCUUCAGUCUCGGAACCUUUAACCCAUAUAACCCAUCCACAUCCUCUCUUCUCCAUGUCAAUCUCGAUGCGUGGCGAUGCAUGUUCGGGCUGUAAAGACGAAGAUAAACCUCACAAGAUGCAGUGUACAGAAUGCGACUUUAACUUAUGUUUCAAAUGCAUAACUCUACCACCAAAGGUGAGGUACAAGCAAGACAGACAUCCUCUGGUUCUUGGCGGCGGCGGUGGAGGAGAAGAGGUCGCAAGCUGGUGGUGCGAGAUCUGUGAAGAGGAAAUGGAACCAGACAAGGAAAUGUAUUACACAUGUGACAGUUGUUGCGUCACUGUGCAUGUCCGUUGCAUUCUGGGAGAGGAGCCGUACGUGAAGACCGGCCGUUAUUCGACAAGUUGCGAGGAGGAUUAUGAAGUCGUAGCCAACGUCCGUUGUUGCCGACCCACUUGCCAUCAUUGUCUAAACCGUUGCCCAUUCCCCAUUGCCUUCAAGAGAAAUGGUCUUUAUUUUUGCACUAGCCAUUACCUAUGGGCUUUCGUGCAAUAAUUAAGAAAUUGAAUAAAAAAAAUUAUUUUCCAUUUUUUUUACAAAAUAAUUUAAAAUUCUUUUCUUGUAAAAAAAAAUGUCGGUCCAUGUUGGCAGUGGAGGUUUUUGGCAUUGCUCUUGGUGUAGUAAAACCAUGUUGGUCCAUGUUGGUAUAAUUUAAUGUAAAAUUUCAUUGGAAUAGCAAAAAUGAAAAGUGAAAGAGUCAUAAUUAUU